CAUUUAACAAGGCCUCGCCUGCGUACUAGCUACUGCCGUGUGCGUCAUUGUGUAUUCGACGUCGAAUAUUCGUAGUGUUGUUACCAUCUUAUUGCGACGUUUGACAUACGGUCGUGGUUUUACAUAAUGGUCAUUGUUCGAAUUAUCUGACAGACCACAGACUGAACCGUACACAACGUGACUGUUAUAAGUUGGUUUUGCUACAUUAGUGUUUUGUUUAACGAUUUAUUUAGUAGCGCACGUCAUAUCGUCGUCGGCUUAUGAAAUAUUUUCCUAAACGAAAAAGACAUUUAUUUCGGUUAUUUUAUUUACGACUAACAUUAAGUAAAUUUGACUCGGCUGAAGGCAAAGUAAACGAUCGUCCGACGGAGCAUAUAUCGUCUCGACAAGGUUGAAUUUGUUCAUUGAGUGUAAUAAACAAUAUUUAGUUAAAUGGAUAUAACAAAAAUGUACAAGCCAGUGCGCCAAAGAAGAAAUAGCCUUCCAAGUAAUUCUCAUAGAAGUAAAACUAAAGUUUUACCUAAAACAGAUUUUCAUACUCCAAAAAGUUUUAAAAUGAACCAUGAGCAUAAAAAACCUAAAUUUAGAACACCUAAUUGUGUAAAACAUCUUAGCUAUGAAGAAACACAUUUUCAGAAUAAAAAUACCAGAAACAUUGUUGAUCAAAGUUUAUCAGAUGGUGAUGUUACUGAUGAUAGAUCAAUGUUUCAUAAAGAUGUUAAAAAAGCUCAUUAUGUUAAAGACAAAAGACCAAAUUUAAUGCGAUCACAACCUAUUGAUACUCCUUCCAAGCGCUUACAAGAUGUACCAUUACAUCACUCACCACCUUCAUAUGAGUCGCCCAAGAAAUAUGGGCACUGUAAAAAAUUUAAAGAAGAUGAUAUUGAAAAGAUGGUUGUUGAAAAAUAUGCUUUACUUAAACAACUAAUGAAUAUGAAUGAACGUUGCAGAUCACCAAAUGGUGACAACUUUUAUGCAGGAGCAAAAUUCAGUAAUUGCCCCUCACCUGGAGAUUUACCAUUGCCACCUAUGCAAUGGUUAAACUCGUGCCAAGCUGAGGCAAAAAAAUUACAAAAAACAACACCUCUACUCUUCAACAUAACUAUCUAAUCAGUCUUCGCAAUUUAACUAUUGACAAUUGUUGUAUUGUUAUUAUUAUUCAUGUUAUGUUUUUACACAAUUAUUUCUAUUGUGAUUUUCCUUCAUUUAACGUGAAUAGCUCCCAUCUUUUCUGUUUUGUAAUAAAAAAAAAAAAAUGAUCAUAGUUUUUCAAUAAUUUCUCCUCAAGUCUUUUUAAAUGUUAAAUUAACUCAAUAGAAUCAAUUUUUGUUUGUUUUAAUGAAAUUUUAUUGCCUCUUAGUAAUAUUUUCAAUACUUUACCAGUCUAUUAUUUUUAAGUAAUUUUAAGUAACAAAAUUAUUUAAUUUUAAAAAUUGUUUUUUCCUUUUUAAAUUGUUUAGUGACAAAACUCAUCAUUGACUGAUUGUUGCAUCAGUGUCUAGUCACAUAUUUAGGUGAGCUAAAAAUACAAUAAAAAUUUUAGUAUCCUAGUUAGUAUGAUGAAGACAAAAAACUCUAAUUUUAAAGUCCUAUAAUGUAAUUGAAUUGCUGAUUAAUCCAAUAAAUAUUAUAGAAUUGUAUCAAAAUAAAAAUCCAAUAGUUUGUAAAAAAAAAAAAUAAUAAUUUAAAAAAAAAAAUGUAAAAUUCUAUUUUUGAUGCAGUCAAAAUUCACUUGUUUAUGUGAUAUUUGUAUGUUUUGUAAAAUCAGCA